CACCAACCGUCGCAUCUUGCAAACUCUCUUUCUAACAGGAAGCUGACACACUGAGAGGAGCACCCGGUCAAGGUACCCCGGAGCCCCUGACAUCAGCCGAGUGAUGUCAUCGGAUCGAGGCCCGAAACUUGCCUCUCCUGCCGUGAGCUUCUUGGAUUCUCUGUUCCGUUACGUCCAUGUCGCCUCUCUUUCGCCAUCUAUGCGGCAUCAUGCUCCACGGAAACAAGUCGUCUCUGUCUGCCUACGCACAAUAUCCGUACCAUCGCCGUCAAUUCACCAGCCCUUCAACACAACGCCUCCCAACCCCCAUAUCUUUUAGAGGGCCGGCUGUUCACGGGGGCUACCAUGCUCCACGCUACCACCAGAACCAGCGUGCUUACCAAACGUCUGUGACCCUGUUACCAGCGCCGUUUCACCACUUUCGCCAAAAGCCCAGCGCUCCUGUCUUAGAGUAGCGACAUCCUUACCUGUACAUAUGAAAGGCAACCCGGGGCCUAUCACCGAGUCUGCAUCAGAUCAUCAUACUCUUGCCCCCCUCUUCUCUCUAUCGCUUCAGGCCGACUAUUGCCAGAUACUCUCCAGGGCACCGACUGGUUUAAGCAAGAUUUAUUCGACUAUGCCACGGAACCACAAACAUGGUUCCCUCACUAGUUCUUCCGGGCGAUGACAGUGAUGACGGGCAGAUCACCGAUGUCAACAACCCCGUUCUCCGACACUCGUUUUCGGAACAGCCAAGUGUAUCGGAAAUGGUGAGCGGACAGGAUCAUCAUCAUUACUGCACGUCCCACGAAAUAUGGGCAGGCGGUCUGACUCUCGCACUAUCUUGUGUUGGCGAUGGAUCGUCGUUGACAGACAAAUGGUUGGACGAACCAUGUUCCCAAUGCCGCAAAACCGCCCAACCCACUUUCUCCAUCACACAACCUCGGAGCGGUCUCCAUCUCGUUCCAUUCUUUGAGUCUCAGUAUCGGUAGACACCAACAAACAUAGGGCCAAGGAUUCGAUUUUUUUUUUUCCCUGUCUAAUCGCACAACCUGCCCGUGUUGUGACCCUCGUCCAGCAUUCCCCGGCAGCAUUCCUCGCCCUCUUCCUCUCCGUGAGUUCCGCUGGUCGGGACUAAGGAAACCGAGAGACCAGGAGAAAACAAGGACGCGCUCAUCCAUCCUUUGUCAAUGUCCCGCACGCCGUUCGGCGUAGACUCCGAGAAAAAAAACAGGAAUGUGAGAAUGGCAUUUCGCAAAUGCGCCAUGGCCCCGAAGCUUUGUCCCAUUCUCUCCCAGCCUCUAUCCCCAGGCGCUGGCCGCUACUUAGAUACAUUAUACAAAUGCGUCUUUUCCGUGUUCCCUGCCCUUCUUCGGAGGGACUCUACCCUGACAGGGUGACUAGAGACGUCUCUUCUCCCCUCCUCCCUCUCAAGAGUUCCCAACGAGGCAAUUGUGACAAACGAUCGGCGGUGUCCAGCAUGGAAGAGCAGCGCCCGGCAUUCAGAAACAGCAGGACGACGAUCCCACAAUAAGCCCGACAGCAGACUCAGCCGAUCCGCCUCCCCCCGACCAAUAGCAGUUCCAGCACGAGGAUCGUCAGCACACGGAGCAAUCCAGUACGCAUACAUAUACCGAUUUGCCCAGUGCUUUUCCUGCCGAGUUGGACCGACGGACACGGCUCCCAACCCAACGAUGGACAUGCAGUGAGUGGUUUGCUGCUGCAGCAACUCGAGGACCAACACGCUGGCCACGACCUAUUACGGCACGUUCUUGCACAUCGUCAGCAAGUUCGUCAGGCACAGCGCGUCUCUUUUCCCACGGACACGGAGGGAUUACCCUCUUUGUUUGACACAGUCGGAUGCCUCCCCCUCCCCAAACUGGGAGAAGAACACGGUAUAAUCCUGCGGCGGACAACGUCAGUCUGGCGGUGGGAUCGUGGCCGUGCUGCUGUGGCCCAAUGAAUGUAUUCAGUGUUGGGCAAGACAAAUAUACUGUGUUUAUCAUCGUGGGGUUUCACGUUGGUGUACCUCUGUGAUCUCAAGA